AUGUUGACUUCGCCUCCUUCAUUCUCCUACACAGUUCCGCCACACCUUCCUCUGCUAAGGGUCACUUUGGCGUGUAUCGGCAGUUCGUCUCGCGGGAAGCUUCGUGGAUGCCUGGAGCUCUUGACUUCGUCACAAACAGCCGUUGUGGGGCUCACAUUCCGCUCGUCUUCUCCUGAACUCUUCUGGACUGUCUGUGAUCCCAUUAUACAGCGUCAGUAUGCGUCUAUUUCGACGGAUUUGGCUGAUCCUAAUCGGCAUCUCUUUCCUUGUUCUUCUCGCCAGCCUGACCCUGAAUGCGUCAGCGUUGGGCCUCCAGUCCUGGCUCGAUAUUGA